AUGGCUGAUAGUAAAUGGGGUCGAAAGCGAACAGGAGAAGGUGGUCGAGUAUAUCUUUUUUGGAAAGAAGAAUUGCACAUUAAUAAACUUGAUAACAUCGAAAAAAAUGUCUCUAUUAGGAUUUGUAACCUUCAAGUACAACAUCAUUUAUCUGUUGCAAAUCAUAUACUUACAGGAGGAAACAACAUAAAUUCUCUUAAUAUAAGUUAUAAAAUAAGCACUUUUAAGAAAACAAUUGAUUUAGAUGAUGAUGAGUUAGAUUAUGAAGGAUUGGCAUUAUUAUUUGAUGAAUCAAACAAAGAUACCCUUGUGGAAAAUAUUAAUGAAAAAGUACUUGAACAAAAAAAUGAUCAACAAAGAAAUAUUGAUGUAAGCAUCGCUGAAGCCUUUUAUAAAUAUCAAAAGAUAAUUUUGAAAAUCUGUAGAGUUUUCACUCCCACAUAUUUGAAAAUUCUCGACUAA